AUGGAUGUCGACCGUACAGCGCCGUCGUCCUCUGCACCCGUUGGCGCCUCGGCUAGGAUGGCUGAGAUCGAAGACGAAGAGAUGAGCGACGACAUCGACAGCGAUUACCACAGCAGCGGAGAAGGAUCGAGCAACGAGCAAAGCUCGAAGACGGACCACGAGAUGGACUCGGACGACUCUGAAGGAGCGGAGCUGGAUGCCGAUGAGAAAGAAGUCGACGGUGAGACGCUGCUGGACGAUGCAGCUAGCAUGGCAGACUCCGACCUCGCCUCGCCACACGCGCUCGACCCUGAUUGCUUGGUCACAUUGCCACCACAUCUCGAAUUGGAUGCGCAAGAGAAGAGGCGCGCAAUCAUCGAACGAUACGAGCAGAGCGUCAUCGUGCCCAACGCGCAGAAAGCUGCUGAUGAACGCAACCUCAUGGUUCAGCAAGGCGAGCUGAGUGCCGACCUCGCUGCUCACGACGACGAGCUUGCAUUGAUGGGCCUCGAUCCGGAGGAGGUGCGAGACACCAGCAUGGUCGCCGAAUACUCUCGAGAGAUCUUCGCGUACAUGUCUCGCUGCGAGCGCGAGACGAUGGCCAACCCCAACUACAUGGCAUUCCAAGGAGAAAUCGAGUGGCAUAUGCGCGCCACCCUGGUCGACUGGCUUCUGCAGGUACACAUGCGAUAUCACAUGCUGCCGGAGACGCUCUGGAUCGCUAUCAACGUGGUGGACCGCUUCCUCUCCGUUAGGGUUGUUUCACUCGCCAAACUCCAGCUCGUCGGCGUUACCGCCAUGUUCGUCGCGGCCAAGUACGAGGAGAUUCUGGCUCCCAGCGUCAAGGAAUUCGUCCACAUGACCGAGAACGGCUACAGCCGAGACGAAAUUCUCAAGGGCGAACGAAUCAUCUUGUCCACGUUGGACUUUAAUGUUUCUGCUUACUGCUCACCAUACUCUUGGGUCAGGAGGAUUUCGAAAGCAGAUGACUACGAUAUCCAAACGAGGACGCUCUCCAAGUUCUUGAUGGAAGUCACCCUUCUGGACCAUCGCUUCCUGCGAGCGCGCCCAAGCCUUAUCGCGGCUGUCGGCAUGUUUCUCGCAAAGAAGAUGUUGAGUGGCGAUUGGGAUGACGCAUUCGUAUACUACUCUGGCUUUGUCGAGGAGCAGCUGGUGCCGGGUGCCAACCUGAUUUUGGAGAAGCUGCUGGACGAGACUUUUGCGGAUCACUUUGUGUCGCGCAAGUACGCUAGCAAGAAGUUCCUCAAAGCUAGCGUCUUUGCGCGUGACUGGGCUAUACGUAACCAGGCGGCCAUGAUCGCUGCUGCCGAAGAGUAUGCCAGCGUCCCGAGCCAAUGA